AUGAAUUCCGUCGAUGCCUCCGAGCAUUACGAGCUCGGCGCAACAGAUCUCGCACCCUCUCUCCUCACCGUCGUCCUCGAUACGAACCCGCAUGCCUGGGCAGCACUAGAAAACUCUCUCCCACUUUCAAAAGCCGUCGCGAACAUCCUCGUCUUCAUCAACGCUCACCUCGCAUGUAACUACGCCAACGAGGUCGCCGUGGUCGCUUCCCACACUACAAAAGCAACAUGGCUAUAUCCCGUCCACAAUGACACGACCCCACAAGCAUCCGCAGACCUAGACGGAGACGUCUCAAUGAAUGGAGACAGCGGAGCAGCAACACAGACGAACAAAUACCGCCCAUUCCGCAUGGUGGAGGAGCAAGUCACGAGGAAACUAAAAGAACUCAUGGACUCGACAACUAGCGAUGACCUCCGCAGCAAUACAUCAACCAUGCUCGCCGGUGCUCUGACAUUAGCACUGAGCAACAUCAACCGGCGAACCAUCGCCUGGGCCGAGGAACACGGCGGCGCAGACUUGGAAGACGCUGCCGGCGAUGGCGGCAGUGGGGCCGCAGGCGCUGCAGCAGGAACCGGACCAGGCCGGUACUCCGCUUCAAACGACGACGAGCGCCUUCAGAGUCGAAUUCUGAUCGUCUCGGUUAGUGGCUCCAGCGACUCGGCACACCAAUAUAUUCCCGUCAUGAACAGUAUCUUCGCCUGCCAGCGUCUGCACAUCCCCAUCGAUGUGUGUAAACUCAGUGGCGAUGCGGUAUUCCUACAGCAGGCCUGCGACGCUACCAAGGGCGUGUACAUGGCUCUCUCCGAGCCGCGCGGGCUCCUGCAGUAUCUGAUGAUGGCCUUUUUGCCCGACCAGCGCUCACGCAGGCACCUGGUUCUUCCGACACGGGUAGAUGUGGAUUUCCGCGCGGCCUGCUUCUGUCACCGGCGCGUGGUGGAUAUCGGUUACGUCUGCUCCAUCUGUCUCAGUAUCUUCUGCGAGCCACCUCCCGGGAACGAGUGUUUGACCUGCGGUACUCCCCUCGACGUGGGUGACUUUGCCUCCAAGCCGGCUCUUAUCCCGAGAAAGAAGAAAAAGAAGAAGCGGGCUAACGGGACUUCGACCGUUGGGACUCCCAUGUCAACGGGGACGCCGACGCCAGGUCCUGGAUCAUGA